AUGUCAAGUGACGAAUAUUUUGAAGAAGAUGAAGAACAAGAUACACUCGAUGAAAUAACAGAAAAUAAUCCAAAUAAAGAAAAAAAGGACAAAUGUACUUGUACAAAAGAAUGUUCAACAUGUUCCUGUUCAUGUUUUAAAUUUGGUAGUGGAUGUAAUUCAUCAUGUGGAUGUAGUUCAUCAUGUGAAAAUAUGUUUAAUCAUUUGGAAUAUUUCUUUGGUGAAAAUACAAAAUAUUCUGCUCAUCCUUGUUUUGCCAAAUGGCUCGUCAAAAAAGCUAAAAAUACUGAUGGUUUAAAAACUAUUAAUCAUGGUGCAUUGUGCCAACUUAUUAUCAAAUGUUCGAAUUUUGAUGAAGUUUGUGAGAUCGAAGAAGACUUCGAAGAAUGGAUGAAGCAAUUGAAAAUAAUUGAUAAUAAUCAAAAAUUAGCUCAUGCUCAAACAUUAUUUCGAAUGCUUUUAGCAGAUGAUGAUACAACAGGACGUUAUUAUUCAUUUUGUCAAGAUUAUUUACAUUGUGGUGUAUGUGAUACAUGUACUUAUGGUGUUAGCUUACCAUGUGAAGGAUGUAGAGGAAAAAGUGAAAUAUCUGCUACUAUUUAA